CUAAAAUAGUAAGUACUGAAUAAAAAAAACUGUAUAUUGAUUAAUACUUUCAUAAUUUUGCAAAUUUCGACGACAAUUUAGAUAUAUAUUAUCUUUUGCGGAAUUCAGAUCUAUUUUACUAACAACCAUGAAAGCGAUCUGUUUGAACCUGUAGUUUAUAAGACCGGGACCCAUAAGCUUAGUCAUAUUUAUAUUUGACAUUUGACAUGUCAUAACAUAAGUAAUAAAUAUUUUGGAUUGUUUUAAAUAAAAAAAAUAAUAUAAUUCAAGAAAUGGAUAUCUUGAAAGCUGAAAUAGCCCGCAAACGAAAAUUAUUAGAAGAAAAAGAACUUUUGGGAAAUGAUAAAAAAUAUUUCAAAAGAGGAGAACUUAUUGCAAAAGAACAAGAAGAAUAUCGUAAAAAGUACUAUAUCCAAAACGAAGCGGAUGAAAGCUCCUCUACAGUGGUGGAAGGUCAAAAUAUUGAAUCAGAUGUUCAACACAGCAUUCUACCUAGAUCUGAAGUAAUAAUAAGGUUAAGAGAUAGAAGUGAACCAAUUUUACUUUUUGGUGAAUCCGAGUUGGAUGCAUUUAAAAGGCUAAGAAAAUGUGAGUUACUCGAACCUGAAGUAAACAAAGGUUUUCGUAAUGAUUUUCAAGAGGCAAUGGAACAAGUUGAUCAGGCAUAUCUUAAUGAAUUGUUUAAAGAAACAGAGGGUACCAAAAGUGUUGAAAAAGUGGAUAAAUCUCAAAAAGAACUUACCGUUGAUUAUGAAGAAAUCAGAGAGAUGGCCAAAAGUAUGGGACGAGGAAAUAGAGAGCAUGAUAUGACUGUGAUUGUACAUUUUAUACAGUUGAUGUUGAAGAAAUGGGCGGAACAACUGCAAAAUAGAUCCAAGGAAGAAAAGGGAGGUACAAAAGGUAAACUCAAAGGAGCCACCUAUGCACAGACGCAAGAAUAUCUUAAACCUCUCUUAAGGAAAUUGAAAAAUUUCACCUUACCAGAAGAUAUAUCUGACAGUCUAACAGAAAUUGUUGUUCAUUUACUGGAACGAAAUUAUUUGAAGGCAAGCGUAGCAUUUUUGCAAAUGGCCAUAGGUAACGCCCCGUGGCCAAUAGGUGUUACCAUGGUGGGUAUCCACGCACGUACUGGAAGAGAAAAAAUUUUCUCAAAAAACGUCGCACAUGUGAUGAACGAUGAAACCCAAAGAAAAUACAUCCAGGGUUUGAAGCGGCUAAUGACUAAAUGUCAAGAAAUCUAUCCAACUGAUCCUUCUAGAUGUGUUGAAUAUCAAGCUUUUGGUAAACCUGAAGAUGUCACUCAUGAAUAAAAUGUGUUACGAACAUUUCCCAUUAUAUACGUUCACAAACACAGAAUAAACGAUACAGAAAAUCUACACA